AUGUCGUCCUCAGAUCUGCGUAAACAGAUGGAAACAGCUGAACUGAAGCACCAGCGGUUGAAGGAGGUGUUCCAGAGGAAGAUCCAGGAGUUCAGGACGGUGUGUUAUGUUCUGACCGGCUAUCAGAUAGACAUCACUACUGAGAACCAGUACAGGCUGACCUCUGUCUACGCUGAACACAUGGACGACUCUCUGCUGUUUAAGGCCAGUGGAGGCGCUGUGGGCAGUGGAGGCAGUAUGCAGCUGAUGGAGACAGACUUCAGUCGCACCCUGAGAGAGAUGGUGGACCUCCACCUGCACCACCAGAAGAGCAUCCCAGCCUUCCUCUCUGCUGUGACCCUCGACCUCUUUAGCCGACAGACCACGGUCUGACUUGACCCUCGACCUCUUCAGCCGACAGACCACGUUCCGACUUGACCCUCGACCUCUUCAGCCGACAGACCACGGUCCGACUUGACCCUCGACCUCUUCAGCCGACAGACCACGGUCCGACUUGACCCUCGACCUCUUCAGCCGACAGACCACGGUCCGACUUGACCCUCGACCUCUUCAGCCGACAGACCACGGUCCGACUUGACCCUCGACCUCUUCAGCCGACAGACCACGGUCCGACUUGACCCUCGACCUCUUCAGCCAACAGACCACGGUCCGACUUGACCCUCGACCCUCUUCAGCCGACAGAGCACGGUCUGACUUGACCCUCGACCUCUUCAGCCGACAGACCACGGCAUGACUUGACCCUCGACCUCUUCAGCCGACAGAACACGGUCCGACUUGACCCUCGACCUCUUCAACCGACAGACCACGGUCUGACUUGACCCUCGACCUCUUCAGCCGACAGACCACCGUCUGACUUGACCCCACCCCCGGGGUUGAGGGUGUCCUGUGAUGUUAUAUGACCUGUGACCUCAUUGUUUGACGUGAUGUCAUUGCCUUGACCUCUUCACAUAAUGGUUAAGGUUAGGAUUGGGGGUUAGCUGAUCCUAGAUCUGUCAUUGUUUUCCCUACCUGUGAUGUCGUCAUGUGAACCCCCGAGGUGACGUACGACCUCACUAUCUGACCUGUGACGUCAUGGUCUGAUUGACACAGCUGUGCGACGGACUCUGAGGAUGAUAAUAUAAAGUUAAAUAAACGCUGUCUAGACUUGUAUUGAUGUUUCUCCACAGGAAGUUACGCCUUUACAACAGAAUUUUAUUGCUAGAUGUGAUGGAGGUGUUUAGGAUGACGUUAUUACCUUUACAACAGCAUAUCAGGGUGACAGUCUGUGUCUUUAUAUAGUGUUGAUCUCUGUAACCUUCAGUCAGAUGUUCUGUUAUUGUUUCACUACUUCCUGUGUUGAUCUCUGUAACCUUCAGUCAGAUGUUCUGUUAUUGUUUCACUACUUCCUGUGUUGAUCUCUGUAACCUUCAGUCAGAUGUUCUCUUGUUGUUUCACUACUUCCUGUUUUGAUCUUUGCUCGAAAGUUGUUGUUUUUAACAGAAGGUUCAUAUGGCUUCGUGUUGGACACACCCCUACAGGAAGUAGAGAAACAGCCCUACAGGAAGUAGAGAAACAGCCCUACAGGAAGUAGAGAAACAGCCCUACAGGAAGUAGAGAAACAGCCCUACAGGAAGUAGAGAAACACCCGUAUGUCAUUUUAAACGGACACACAACAUCUUGUUAUGUUGUUGUAAAUGGAAAGUGGAGAAAACCUGAAUGAAUUGAUUUGUAAUUAGAACAAACAGCUCUGUUACUUCUUACCUCUUAGUUUGUUUUGUUUUCUGAAUCCCAUUUCUGAGUCAAUCUACACUGAACAAAAAAAUAGAAACGCAACAUGUAACGUAUUUAGCAAACAUUUCUCUACCAUGAGCCGCCUCCGAUGUCAUUUUUAGAGAAUUUGGCGAGAAUUUUACGUCCAACCGGCCUCACAACAGCAGACCGUGUUACCAUGCCAGCCAAGGACCUCCACGGCUUCUUCACCUGCAGGAUCGUCUGAGACCAGCCACCCGGACAGCUGAUGAAACUGAGGUGUAUCUCAGUGGCUGCGCCCAGUCAUGUGAUAUAGAUUAGGGCCUAAUGUAUUUCAAUGGGCUGAUUUCCUUCUAUGAACUGAACCUCAGUAGAACUGCUGCGUUUAUAUUUCUGUUCAGUAUAAUUAUGACGUGUGGAAUGUUAUUUCAGACAUGAAUUGAGUUAAUAAAGAACGAAUCUAACGAGA